UCUAGACCAUUUUUUUUGUUUGGGUAAAGAAGUAAAAGAAUUGCCAAAUGCGUUCAACAUUUUCCCUUGCAGCAAAGACUUACAUUGGAGAGAGCAAUGGAAAUUUUCGACAUAGAAAAUCCAUGGUCACAGCAACAAGAGCUGAAGUGAUUACAGUUCCCAAGCAAAGAAGCAGACCUGUUUUUCCUGAGUUAUCAAUACAAGGCAUUCCUAUUGCUGAUUUACAUGUACAAGAAAUUGUUCAAAGGCAGUCUCAGACUUACAGCAUGGACAAAGAAGGCGGCCGCAGAAAGCCACAGUUCUGUCCUAGCUUUCUUGAAGAAGCAUAUGAAAGGUGCAGGAACAUUUGUGCAGAAUAUGCAAAGACAUUCUAUCUAGGCACUUUACUAAUGACAGAGGAGCGUCAAAAGGCAAUAUGGGCAAUCUAUGUUUGGUGUAGAAGAACAGAUGAACUGGUGGAUGGUCCCAAUUCUGUCUACAUGAGCUCUGAAGUUCUUGAUAGAUGGGAAGAGAGGCUGCAAGACAUUUUCGAAGGACGGCCUUACGACAUGCUUGAUGCUGCAUUAACACACACAGUUUUCAGUUUCCCCUUAGACAUCAAGCCUUUCAGGGACAUGAUCGAGGGUAUGAGAAUGGACACAAGAAAAUGUCGCUACCAGAAUUUUCAAGAGCUUUAUCUUUACUGCUACUACGUGGCAGGGACGGUCGGCCUAAUGAGUGUUCCUGUAAUGGGAAUUGCACCAGAUUCUCUGAUUUCUGCUCAAAGCACAUAUGAUGCUGCACUAUAUUUGGGCAUUGGAAAUCAACUCACAAACAUCCUUAGAGAUGUUGGGGAGGAUGCUAUGAGAGGGAGAGUUUAUCUUCCCCAAGAUGAGCUAGCACAGUUCGGGUUAGGUGAUAACGACGUUUUCUCAAGAAAGGUGACUGAUCAGUGGAGAGAGUUCAUGAAAGAACAGAUUACAAGAGCAAGGUUCUAUUUCAACCUGGCAGAGGAGGGAGCUUCUCAGCUUGACAAGGCUAGCCGUUGGCCGGUAUGGUCAUCGCUACUGAUUUAUCGUAACAUCUUGGAUGCAAUCGAGGAUAACGAUUACGAUAACUUGACAAAGAGAGCAUAUGUAAGGAGAGCUAAGAAACUUCUCAUGUUGCCUUUGGCAUACUCAAGAUCUCUGUCAACAAGUAGCUUGCUCUCUCAGCAGCACAAAAUCUUUAUGAUAAAGAAAGAAGAAGGCUGAAAUUAUAUCAAAUUAAUGAGAAAUAUGUUUUGCGUGGAACAGAGCUGUGUGUAAAUCCUGUACAUGUUUACUGCCUAAAGAUGUAAACACUUUUCUUAUUAACGUUGGCGCAUCUAUCUCAUUUUCAACUUUAGAACUGUUAUUUCACCCUAUCUAAUG